AGUCAUUGUCUUAAGUAAUAAUUAUUUUUAAAAUCAAAAGGGAUGGAUAUUAGAGUUCAAAUAAAUACACUAAAUUAGAUUGACUAAUAAUUAAAUCUGAAUUGCCAAAAUCAGCUAUUCUUAGAACAAAAUCAUUUGAUGUACAAACAAUUACGGGAAUAAAUAUAUUUGCUCUUAACGAUAUUGAAGAAAAGGAAAAAUGAUAAAAUUUUAAAAGUAGGGUUCAUGAAAUUUGUGAUCUUUUCAUUUAUUUUCUUUGUAUUAUCGGUUUAUAUAAGGAUCUCACCUUUUUUGUUGGGGAUUUUGAUAAGUUGCGCUGAAGUUUUCUCCUUAGCAGCAAAGGGAGAUCGUGUAAUCUAAUAUAUUCAGUAUCACUUUGAAUUGAUCAAUAAAUAAAUUCAACAGAUAUCACAUAGGUUAGAUCUGUUAAAGAUGAAGGAGAUAUAUUACAAGCUGUACAGAGCAAAAUAUUAUAAUAGAAUCUAAGAACUACAACAAGUUAUAGCACAAUGAAAGUUAAAAAUUAUUAUAUAC